GUCCGUCUCGCUUUCGCCCGAAAUCGACUGAUCUUAAUAUCCUCACUCGUCCCCCCAAAUCCCUCGCGCGCCCUCAUCGCAAUAGCUUUCAGAUGGAAGAUACCGCGGCCGGCGAUCAGCUCAGAGCCCUGUUGCUCUCCGAGGGAGGUCGAGAGGGCGAGGUUAUCGUAGACGUCGUCGGCGAUGCUGAUGAUCGCGGGAGGGAGUGUGACGGAGCGGCGGCGACGGUGUUGGAGGAAUCGAAUCCGUUCGAAUUUAUCAGAGCGCCGGCGUUUUCUCUGCCUCCGCCUACCCCCAUAGAUCCGUUCCGGAACCACACGCCGUCGAUGGGCGUCUACGAAUGGUGCAAGGUAGUGGUCUGCCUGCCGAUCGCACUCGCGCGACUGGUGCUAUUUGGCCUUGCGCUCGCAUUGGGUUACCUGGCUACAAAGAUAGCUCUGUACGGUUGGAAGGAUAGGCAAAGACCAAUGCCACGGUGGAGAUGCCGAUUCAUGUGGGUCACGAGGAUCUGCGCACGGUGCAUCCUUUUCUCAUUCGGGUAUCAAUGGAUUAAUCGUAUUGGAAAGCCUGCUUCUCGAGAGGUUGCUCCUGUUGUUGUUUCUAAUCAUGUUUCAUAUGUUGAACCCAUAUUCUUUUUCUAUGAACUAUUCCCGACGAUUGUUGCUUCUGAGUCACAUGAUACCCUGCCCUUUGUUGGCACCAUUAUUAGAGCCAUGCAGGUUAUAUAUGUUGAUCGGUUUUCGCCAUCAUCCAGAAAGAAUGCCGUGAAUGAGAUAAAGAGAAAGGCUUCGUGCAACAACUUCCCUCGACUCUUGUUGUUUCCUGAGGGUACCACCACAAAUGGGAGGUUCCUUAUCUCAUUUCAAAAUGGUGCUUUCAUACCUUCUCUUCCUAUACAGCCAGUGGUGGUUCGAUAUCCUUUUGUACACUUCGAUCAGUCAUGGGGACAAAUUUCUCUUGCCAAGCUGAUGUUCAAGAUGUUCACUCAGUUUCAGAACUUUAUGGAGGUGGAGUAUCUACCUGUCAUUUUCCCUUGUGAAGAAGAAACUGCAUUACAACUGUCUAAAAGAACCAGCUGUAUGAUGGGGAGUGCCCUAAAUGUUGUUCAGACAUCUCAUGCUUAUGGUGAUCUAAUGCUCCUUACAAGAGCAUCAGAACUCACAAAGGACAACUGCUCUAACUUCUUGGUUGAAAUGGCAUGGGUUGAAAGUUCGUUCAGCAUAAGCACAUCUGAGGCUCUGGAGCUUAUGGAUCAGUUUUGUUUGAUGAAUCCAGAUUCAAAUGGUCGAGUUCAAAUUCAUGGUUUUCUGACUGCUUUUGAGCUGGGAGACAAUCUUAUAUUCAAGAAGAUUUUUGCUUACCUUGAUGUGGAAAGGAAGGGAUCUAUUUCUUUUCGUCAGUUCUUGAUCGGUUCAGCGCACGUUAGGAAGCAGCCUUUAUUCAUGAGAGCUUGUGAAACAGCUUUUAACGCGUUCUGUGACAUUGAAUCGAGUUGUGCAAUUUUAACAAUUGAGCAGUUCCAUGAUAAGCUUCAAUCAAUGAUACCAACAGUCAACAAAGAAUCGCUUAUUCAACUGGUUCAUUUGUUCGACGUGGACAAUGAUGGGAAAAUUGAUCGGGAUGAUUUCAUGAGCUGCCUAUGGAAGAACCCACUCUUUGUAGCACUUUUUCCUGCCUUGAUGGACACCACCAUCUUGGCAGUCCAUUCCUAAAAGGAUUCCUGUAUGUACUAACUAUUACAGCUAAUUUAUAUAAAACCUUCAAACUUUUACAAAUAAAUGAAAGGUUGCCGGACAGAA